CAGCCAAUCAGCUCCCUUCGCGCCCAGAGUUACUUUUCCAAAGUCGGUCGGCUCCGGAGACGCAACCGUUAAGCGGGCGGGACGUCGUGUCAUCACCGAGCUGUAGCGGAGAAGGGGCGGCUAUCGCUUCUCGGUUCUACCUUCUAGUGGAAGAAAACCAUCGAAAAGAGACUUGAAAAUGCCAGGCCCAAGAUUCAGCGAUGGAGAAACUGCCAUGGCGAAAUGGCCAGGGAGCACCCUGUACUUUGAAAUCCAGAUCUUGUCGUUUGAUUCCAGCUCACAGCUUUAUUCUGUGCUGUUUAAGGACGGGACUGAUAUGAACAUUAAAGAAAGUGACAUUCGGUCCUUGCAUGUGUUCCGACCCAAGAGAGGUUCUGCCUCUCCUUCAAGAAGGAGAAGUAGAAGCAGAACAAGGUCUCGCUCACCUGCUCGCACACCAUCUCAUCGACGCUCUCCGGGACGUACUCCAAAGACAGACCCAAAGUCAUCACCGGUUAUCCGAGAUAGUCGAAAGGGGGAUAUUUUAAAAGUUCACCUAACUCCACUGAAACCUAAAGAUUUUAUUGUCGAGACAAGAAAUGGCAAAGAGGCCAUUACAAGACAUGCCAAGCCCUACAAAGAGUCUCCAGUCAUUCAGGCAGAGGAGGAGCAGUUAAAGGUGGACGAACAGCAAACGAAAAAUCAAAAGGUUUUGCGCUAUGUCCAAAGGAAAGAAUAUUUUGCAGAAUCUGAAAAUAAAGAUGUCAAAGAAUUUAUAUUGAAACCAGAACCCACUAGGCAUAUUGUGCCUGUUGAGAAGCCUGUGGUAGAGUUUGGAGGAGCUAUAGGUGCAGCUCUCAUGAUGCUUUCCAUGCCCGCUCUCCUGUACUAUCUUCUGCAUAUGUGCGCUCAGAAGGAUGCAUCUCUCUGGAGUUUCUACCCGCACUGGGCAUUUCGUGACCUGUGGGACUCUACAGUCUUUGGAUAUUUUGCUCUCUGGAUACUGCUGCUUGAACUAUUCUACCUUCUUCCCAUUGGAAUGAUUGCACAUGGUGUUCCGCUUGCAACUGGGAAGAGACUGAGCUACAGGAUCAAUGGACUUUUUGCACUGUUCUUCAUUGGCGUACUGGUUGCUGUGCUCUUAUACUAUAAGAUUAACCUUCUUUAUGUAUAUCAGCACCUUCAUCAAUUUGCUGCCUCUGCCACUCUCCUCUCCGUGAUUUUAAGUGCGUAUCUGUUUGUACGCUCAAGGAAGGCCUCACAAGAAGAACUGUCAGCUGCAGGGAAAUCCAGGAAUUUUAUCUACACGUUUUUUAUGGGCAGAGAAUUAAAUCCCCGUAUUGGCAAGUUUGACCUGAAGCAUUUCAGUGCGGUGCAUGCAGCGUUGAUCAGUUGGGUUUUCAUCAACUUCAUAAUGCUUUUGGCUGAAAUGGACAUUCAGCAGCUUGAGAGCCCAUCGGCACCAAUGAUAUUGGUGAAUGCUUUCCAACUUUUGUAUGUUCUCCACGCUCUUUGGAAUCAGGAAAGUAUGUUAUCCUCUCUGGAUAUUGCGCACGAAGGGUUUGGCUUUAUGCUGGCAUUUGGUAACCUGGUGUGGGUUCCGUUUGCCUACUCUCUCCAAGCUGCUUACCUGGUCAAGCAUCCAGUGGAGAUUUCCUGGGCCGUUCUUGGAGCUGUUGUGGCAAUGAACACUUUUGGUUACAUCAUCUUCCGAAGUGCCAACAACCAGAAGAAUGCCUUUAGGAGAAAUCCAGAGGACCCCAGACUUUCAUAUCUGAAGAGCAUCCCCAGUUCAUGUGGCUCUCCACUCCUCGCCUCUGGUUGGUGGGGAUUUGUCCGACAUCCAAACUACUUGGGUGAUAUUAUCAUGGCCUGGGCCUGGUGUCUGCCCUGUGGAUUUAAUGAUGUUUUGCCCUAUUUCUAUGGAUUCUUUCUCACCGGUCUUCUCAUCCAUCGAGUGAGCAGAGUCGAGCACCAGUGUCAACAGAAAUACAGUCACGACUGGGACAAGUACUGCCAUCUAGUGCCUUAUCGUAUACUCCCCUAUGUUUACUAGAAAGGCAAAUGUUUAUAAUAUAUAUAUUGAGGUUUUUAUUGCUGAAGCCAUUUGUAAAUGUUUAAUAUUUUGUAUAUGAUGUCUUUAAAGUUAUUUUUUUUAAUGCAGGUAGAAAUGGAUAUAAUGCUUUACAAUUGUAUCUUAUUUGGCUGAUUGUAAAUUUGCUUAUGUGUCAUAACUUGUUUUCUAUAAGAUAUCUUCUUAUAGAAAAGAAGGUGCCCCCCCACACUGUUAGUUGUGAACUCAGAAACCAUAUUGAGUUAUAUAUAUCCUGUGAUAAUGUGUGCAUCUAGUAUAGGCUGCACAGGAGCAUAAAGAUUGCCAUAUACAUGAGAUGGCUGUAUGCUGAAUGUGUUAUCACUCCUGAUCUCAUCCAGGGUUAGCCGAGCAUGCAUGUGCUCUCAGUAGGAAAGGGGGAGAAAGCCGCAACCAUACUCCUCUGGCAGCAGCUCAUCUCCCAGAGGACAAAAGGAUUGGGCAGUCGAAAACCAACUUGCUCGAUGCCUUUGGCCCCCAACAUUUGCUGUUAAGGAAGAACUCGGGAGGCCCUGUACACAAUAGAUGGGCAUCCACUCCUGCCAAAAUUGGUAGGUUCAGCUGACAUGCAUGUGUUCUGUAUGGACAGCUUUAGUGUCUCAUAAUCCCUUUAGAACAGUGUUCCCCAACCUGUGCCUCUCCAGCUGUUGCAGAACUACAUCUCCCAGCAUCUGUUGGCAGUCUUUAUUGGUUCUACGACUCUGUUUUUAUAAAAUCUUCAGUGUAUAGUAAACCCUAAUAGCUUGCAGAUUUUGCACUCUGCUUUAUAGCAUACAGCUGUUUUCUAUACAGACAGCCUGCAGCUGUUUCCUUCAGAGCUGAGGAAUGAAUACCUGAUGUACUUGCACGGUUUGACCAAUGCAUGAACUUGGUAUUGGUGCGGGGACGAUGUUCUCUAUUAGGAUGUGAUGCUAACAGCCUGUGAAAUGAGCAAUUACAGUCACCUCGUAUGGAGCACUUGACAAUAUUCCUCUGAAAUAUAAACUCCUUGAAAAACCCCACUGCAGGUUUCUCAGCACAAUAAAUGUGAAUUGGAUUUUACAAAAUCCUAUGUACACAAUGGAAGGGUAAUCUGCAAAUUGCAGGUUUCAAAUUUAGUGCAAACCCUCUCUUCCGGGUUUGAAACAAACUCUACCAACUGCAAUGUGGAAGACUGAAUCCGUGGCUAAAUCUGUAGGGUUUUAAGAUAAUUUCUGAAACUGCGAAUAUCCGCUGCUUGUGUACAUGGCAUAUACGUUACUCCUAAUCAGUUUUACAUUAUAAGUUUUUGUUUAUGUGCCAUUUGAUUUUACAUAUUUUUUUUUUUUUAUUACAUUGAAAUGAGUGGUCCUGUGGAGUUCUACAUCUCCCUAAAGUUUUGCUUCCAUUGAAGGAGCUGAACCUUCCCAAAGCCCCUAAAUGUUUGAGGACAAUAAAAGAACAUACACUUACCAUUUAGAGAGCUUGUCUGAGAUUUUGAUAUUGGUGGCUUCUCCUCAGGACUGGUCAUCAGCAUCUGACUGGUGGCAACCUUGCUGAUCAGCUGCCUCUUACUAGGCCGGUGACGUUAUGUCAUCAGUCCGUAAUACCAAGCGCAGCUGCCAUACAAUGCACGGAGCUGUGUUUGAUAAACAAGGAGGAGGCAAUGGAACUCGCCAGAUUGCCGCAGCCUCUUCAAACGGCUGAUCUGCAAGGCUGGUAGGAGUCAGACCCUCGCCAAACUCAUAUGGAGGACCUAUCCUGAGGAUAGACCAAUAUCAAAAUCUCAGACAACCCUUUACUCCCCCCACUGUUUCCAGCGCUGCCUCUCCAGUCCUGAACGCUGGUGUGUCUUUACAGGCUGCAGCAUCAGCGUGGUCACGGCAUCUUGUAAACACAAACUAGAGAAGACGACUGGAGUAGCAGAUUUACUUUAUAACAGAGGACUUAUCCUCUGGAUAGGUCAUCAGUAUCUGAUCGGUAGGAGUCCGACACCUGGGCCCACUGCCGAUCAGCUGUUUGAGGAGGCAGCGGUGACCACACGUUCAUCGGUCACAUGGCUUAGAUGUAGCUCAGCCCUGUAGAAGUGAAUGGGGCUGAGCGCAAUACCAAGCACUUACUUACUUAGUAAGCACAGAGAAAGCGAGAUGCUCACAAGAGUGCCGGUGCCUUCUGAAACAGCUGAUUGGUGGGGGUCCGACACCUGGGACCCCCACCAAUCGGAUACGGAUGACCUAGCCAGAGGAUAAAAUCUUGGAAAACCCUUUUAAGUUGGACCAUUUAAAGGAACCUCUAUGACCUCAGCUCUGGAGAAUUUUAGUACUGGUCUAUUAACCUAUUAGACACCCCAUGUAACAGAACAAACUCUGUCAGUAUCAGCCACAGCAAGCUGAAGCCAUGUUGCACUUCCUCUGAUUGUGGCUUCUGAAGCUUUGCUGUUUUUAGUGCAGUGGCUAUUUUGUUUUGGCUAAAAAUAACCACACGUCAAUGGAGAGUUUUCUUAUUUAACUUUAAGACAUAAGGUUUUGCUUUAAUUCAUUUGUGUUGUGUGCCUACUUUUAGCCUUGUUCUUGACCAGCGACAUACUGAACCUUCUAACCAUAAGUGACCACUUCUAGCCUGUCUGUGCCUGUAUCCGGCACAGUGUUUAUGCAGAUUGGAGCAUGUUCACCGGUGAGUAGGCAUUAAGCUCCCCUACACAUGAGUGCACGCUCGCUUCAGUUAAAUGUGAAUGUGUCCUCAGUUGGAGUAGAGAAGUAAAUCACUGCCAAACACCCCCAGCAG